GCAAUGUCAACAGCUUUGAUUCCAGCACAGUCAGCUGAAAAGCAGGCUCUGGCGCAGCAGCUCUCAGGCCACUCUGAGUUGGAAAUACUGCUUUGUUUUGAAAUACUCUAUGUAGUUAAGGCACAGAUGCAACAACAGUUUUACUAAAUAAAACCGAGAAGUGCAUCUGGGAUCAGAUCAUGGAUGAACAGAUUUAAUGGGCACUAGGAAAUAUUCUGGCUGAGAGUGAAUAGGGGAAGGAUGAUUUAUCCGACAGGGUUGGUCUUUGAAGUGGAUCAUGCCCCCUAGAUAGCAAAGUCUUUGCCUUUCUGGCUGUCGGCCCCUCAUUAUUAAAGAGGAUGCCUCCCCGGAAGCGCACCCAGCCCACAUUGGGAAUCCUGUGCUGCUUUAAAAGUGGUGAACCCCCUGAGAUCAACCUGAAAGACAGUGUGCCGCUGCAGCUUCUGGAGUUCAGCGCCCCCAUGCCCCCAGAGGAAGAACUGCACGCUCGAUUCUCUGAGUUGGUGGAUGAUCUAGACCUCACUGACAAGAACAGGGAAGCCAUGUUCGCAUUGCCAGCUGAGAAGAAAUGGCAGAUCUAUUGCAGUAAGAAGAAGGAACAAGAGGACCCCAACAAACUUGCCACCAGCUGGCCUGAUUACUAUAUAGAUCGGAUCAACUCCAUGGCAGCUAUGCAGACACUUUUUGCCUUCGAUGAAGCAGAAAUAGAGAUGAGAAACAAGGUGGUUGAGGAUCUCAAAACAGCCCUCCGCACUCAACCAAUGAGGUUUGUAACACGCUUCAUUGAGUUGGAUGGCUUGACGUGUCUUUUGACCUUCCUAAGGAGCAUGGACUAUGAAACUUCAGAAAGCCGCAUACAUACUUCCAUUAUUGGCUGCAUCAAAGCCUUGAUGAAUAACUCUCAAGGCCGAGCUCAUGUGCUGGCCCACCCUCAGAGCAUCAACACCAUCUCCCAGAGCCUUCACCAAGACAACAUCAAGACCAAAGUGGCUGUGUUGGAGAUCCUUGGUGCUGUUUGCUUGGUGCCAGAUGGGCAUAAGAAAGUGCUACAGGCAAUGGCACACUAUCAGAAGUUUGCUGCAGAGAGGACUCGCUUCCAGUCUCUUUUGAACGGGCUGGACAGAAGCACAGGACACUACAGGGAUGAAGUAAAUCUGAAGACAGCCAUCAUGUCAUUCAUCAAUGCCAUGUUGAAUGCUGGCGUUGGAGAGGAGAGUAUAGAGUUUCGCCUUCAUCUUAGGUAUGAGUUUCUGAUGUUAGGAAUUCAACCAGUCAUUGAGAAACUGAGAGCACAUGAUAAUGCUACACUUGACCGACAUUUGGACUUCUUUGAGAUGGUGCGAAAUGAGGAUGAAUUAGAACUUGCCAAGCGUUUUGACUCUAUGCAUGUGGAUACUAAGAGUGCUGGCCAGAUGUUUGAACUGAUCAAGAAGAAACUGAGCCAUACAGAUGCCUACCCCCACCUUCUAUCUAUCCUACAGCACUGUCUCAAAAUGCCAUAUAAACAUGAUGCAGGCAGCAUACAGCAGUGGCAACUUCUAGACCGCAUUCUGCAGCAAAUUGUUCUACAAGAUGAGAAUGGAGAAAAUCCAGAUGUUUCACCCCUGGAGAAUUUCAAUGUUAGGAAUAUAAUAAAAAUGCUCGUCAAUGAGAAUGAAGUCAAACAGUGGCGAGACCAAGCAGAAAAAUUCAGAAAAGAGCAUGUAGAGCUGAUGACUCGGCUGGAAAGGAAAGACAGGGAGUGUGAAACCAAGACUCAAGAAAAAGAGGAUAUGAUGAAAACACUCAACAAGAUGAAGGACAAGUUGCAGAGAGAAGGAGUGGAGUUACGUUCUGCCAAAGAACAAGUACUGGACAUGUCCUCCCGCAUUAGCGAUAUUUCAUAUGUUGGAGUUCCCUUACCCUUUCCUCAUCCGCUCCCUGGCAGCCCAAUGCCACCCCCUCCACCUUCACCACCUAUCAUGUUGGGUGGCUCUCCUCUUCUUUUUCCUCCUCCUCCUCCUCCACCACCUCCUCCCCUUCUUCAUCCCCCUCCUCCUCCUCCACCUCCACUUCUUCCACCUCUUCCUCCAUCUUUUGCUUUCUCUAGUCCACCUCCACCCCCUCCUCCACCCUCUUUUGGAUGUCCUCAACCUCCACCUGGAGCCCCGCCCAUCUUUUCUGGGAUUCCACCUGGACCUGCUUCAAAUAGCUCCACAACCAGCCCGCAGACAAAGAGUAUCCCCCAACCCUCACAACCACUCAAAUCCUUUAACUGGUCCAAACUGGGAGGGAAUGAGAUCACUGACACCAUCUGGUAUGGGAUUGAUGACAGAAGGGCCUUUAAAGUUCUUGACCUGAAAGAUAUCGAGAAGAUGUUUUCAGCUUAUCAGAGGCAGCAAAAAGAGACAGGAUCAAUGGAUGACCUUAAUCUGAGUGCACGCAAAGUCAAAGAGCUAUCUGUCAUUGACGGCCGGAGGGCCCAGAACUGUGUCAUUUUGCUUUCCAAGCUAAAAAUGAGCAAUGAAGAACUAAAAAGAGCUGUUCUAGAGAUGGACGAGAGGGAAGAACUGGCUAAAGACAUGUUAGAACAGCUGCUUAAGUUUGUUCCUGAAAAAAGUGAUAUGGACCUUCUGGAGGAACACAAGCAUGAGCUUGAGCGUAUGGCCCGGGCUGACCGCUUUCUGUUUGAGAUGAGCAGAAUUGACCACUAUCAACAGAGGCUCCAGUCGCUUUUCUUCAAAAAGAAAUUUGCAGAUCGUCUGGCAGAGACAAAGCCAAAGGCUGAAGCUAUUCUGUGCGCAUCACGUGAGGUGAUGAGAAGUAAGCUCCUGAGACAGGUUCUAGAAGUGGUUUUGGCGUUCGGGAACUUCAUGAACAAAGGACAGAGGGGCAAUGCAUACGGUUUCAAAGUGUCCAGUCUUAACAAGAUCAUAGACACCAAGUCAAGUAUAGACAGAAACAUCACCAUGCUGCAUUACCUGAUCAUGAUCUUUGAAAAGAAUUACCCUGACAUCCUCAGUAUUCAACAGGACUUGUGCAGUGUAUCAGAAGCCGCCAAAGUCAAUCUAGCUGAGCUGGAGAAAGAAGUUUCCAGCAUCAGGAGUGGCCUGAAAGCUCUAGAAGUGGAGUUACGAUAUCAGCAGAGCCGAGUAUGUGACAGAGGAGACAAGUUUGUCCCAGUGGUCAGUGACUUCAUCACUGUCGCCAGCUUCAGCUUUUCAGAACUCGAGGAACUUCUUAAUGAGGCCAAGGAUAAGUUUUCCAUGGCUCUGAAGCACUUUGGAGAGGAGGAAGGUCGAAUGCAACCGGAUGAGUUUUUUGGAAUCUUUGACAUCUUCCUGCAGUCAUUUAGCGAGGCCCGACAUGACCUUAAGAACAUGCAGAGAUGCAAAGAGGAAGAAGAGAGGAAAAUACGAUUGGAGGCAAUGCUCAAGGACCAGCGUGAACGAGAGAGACGAGCAAAGAAAGGCACCAAAGGCAGUGUGUCAGAGGAGGUGGGAGAGUUUGAUGAUCUCGUGUCAGCUCUUCGCUCAGGUGAAGUCUUCGACAAGGACUCUAAACUUAAACGCAACCGCAAGCGCUCUGUAAACCAGUUGGCUGAUGCCGGAGGUCGAGAAAGAUCAGUCACCAAGAUGAACUAUUGACCACAUUGAACACAGUCAAGGAGGCCAGGCUUUUAUAUUCGCACACUGAUGAGGAACUCUCAUUAAUAGGAUAAUACUCACUAUUUACUCACCAUUGGUUCCUUUACGACUUUCUUUUUUUUUUUUUUUUUUUCAAAAGAGGAUAUUUCAAAGCAACCAUAACAAUUGAUCCUUCACUAAACCCCGCCCUCCUUAGUUACUGUUGCUACACCUGUCAAGCUUUCGUGCCUGGCACGUCUAUUAUAAUGUGUAUGCGCCAAUGUCAGACAUCGCCUGGUAUAUAACUAAUGUUAGGUGAGGUAUCAGGUGAGGUAUCUGAGAAAGCCAGACAAAAAAGGACUGCAGUAUGCAUUGCAGGGGUAUAUUCACCACAUAAUAGGCAUCCGAUUGAAAAUAAUUUAAGAAAAAUAGAAGCUAGGUUAGCCUAGCCUCAUACGUUGACCAUUCAAAAGCUAGUUCAUGCACACCAGGAGAGGUGACAUUUAAAAACAAUCUAUUACUGUAAAUAAAAAUAAUAAUACUGUAAAAUAAUUACAAAUUUUAACUGUGAUUUCUCUAUUUUUAGCCAAAAAGCCUGAUGUUAUGCAGGGAAAUAUAGCGUUACUAACCAACAAGGAAGCACGCAUGGACAGUGCUUCUACAUAAUUCAUUCAUAGAAAGAGCAGCCAGAAAGGUGAAACUGAUGGAUUUGUGCAGAAAAUGAGCAUUGUUGACCCAUAACAAUGAAUAACUGUCCGUAUGUUUGUGUGCUUUUUAUCCAGUUUCUAUUUUAAUUUGCAGUUAAGUGGAAGAAAUAAAUAAACAAAUGGAAAUGCAAAUGGCAGAAACAAAUAGAUUUUCCCUACCAAUAAAUUUUCAUCCGACACUAAUUAUAAAACCAGACGCUAUUGACCUUAUUCUAAAAUGCGGAAGUGCGCCUGUUUUCGCGAUUGUCUUAGAACUUCCGAUUCAGUCGCCUAU